GAAAUAUAUUAAGAUAUAAAGAAAGUAAAAAAAAAAGCAAUCCAAUAAAUAAUCCAUAAUAAUCAAAAGCCGUCGUUGUUCCCCCAAAUCAUUUGCACACUACACACAUUACACCAUACGAUGAGGUUUAAAUCAAAAGCCUCCAGAUUUCCAUCAGAUGGAAUCAGGUCUUCUACCCCAUUCAAACGCAAUCUACAGCCAAUAUUGAAGGAAAAGAGCGAAUACAAGGAUAUCAUCAAGGCUAUUGAACAUCAAUUAAAUAAUUACAGAGAUUACAAUGGCAUACUAGAUUUCGAUCAAAACACGUUCAGGGUCAGCGAGCUCCCCGAUGGCUAUCAAUUUAUGGCAAAAUCUACAAGAACUCAAACUUUGAAGAGCUCCUUUAACCACAUUAGAGGCCAUCCAACUGGAAAAAAUUAUAGUACAACAAACGAGUUUGCUCCCCAUUUAUAUUGGUUACGUACACAGCAUAUGACAGGAGAACCGUGCUACUGUCACCUGUGCACGGGGCCUCGCGGUGUAGCUACCUAUACCUCUGAUCAGCUAGUCAAACCAGUCCCCAAUUUUGUCAAUCAAGAAGAUUCGGAUAGCGAAGGGCGCCUUUCUAUUAGCCUUGAAGAUAUUACUUCAUAUGUACCAUUUGUUAAGAUAAAAAUCAAGAGAUAUCUAGAUAUUAGUGAAGCCACAUUACCAAUAUCCAAUAUUGACACCAACAAAUCUAAUGCACAAAAUGAAGCUACAAAAAAACCCCAAGAAGAACCGUCCCCGAGAAAAAAGAGAGGAAGAAAAAGUGCGCGUAUUGGAGAAGGAUCUCAGGGCGAAAACAGUACGAGUAACAGCGAUGCCAAUGCCAAUACCAAGCCUAUCGCCAAGCCUAUAGCCAAACCUAUGGCCAAGGCUAAGACCAAGGCUAAGCUCAAACACAAGUAUAACGAUGGCAAGAGCGGAAGCGAAUAUGAGGGCAAUGACUAUUACGUGAGGGAAAAUAAGAAAAAGAAUAAGGACGAGAACGAAACCGGAAAUAGAGAAGGAGAUGAAGAUAGUGAUUCAGAACAAAUGUCCAUCAACCUUGUACCUAUUCGCCGGGUGGUUGGGUUCAAGAUCAAAUUUUGGACCGGUGUCAAAGUUGAAUCUAUACCGAUUAUUCCUAUACCAGAGCUGGUCUUAAUUGGAGAUGCUAUUGGGAAUUUACCUGCCAUAGAAGUUUAGUUUUAUCAAGUAAAUACACCUACAAACAAGCACACACACACACACAUACACAUACACAUAUGCAUGUAUAUGUAUAAAUUCAAUAUUGUUAUACCAAAUUGUCCAUUGAAUUAUUUAACCAUAUUAAUCAUUCAAUAAACCACCGGAAUAUUACAUAUAU